UAAUUGCGUAUUUUGUUCGAUUAUUAUUUUUGACCUAAAAACUCUUUAAUGUGUAAUAUUUACAAAUGGUCUGGAACAUCAAAUGUGCUAGAGCUAUAAAAAGUGACCAGGAACAUUUAUCAACAAACAACUUCUUUUGGUGGUGCAAUUAAUUAUUAAAAACAAGAAUUCUUGUCACUCAUCUCGCAGCGUAUUACUAUAUAUAAUCUCGUCGACCAACGACACGUCUUGCAAUCCAGCCACGAUGGAUGAGUCCACGAACUCCUUAAAGAAGAAUUUCAAUUUAUAUAAAUACAUAGUAAACCAGAAUUUUUCAAAACUAAAAUCGCGUUUAGUAAAAUGCGAAUCACUUGUCAAAGAAAACAAAAAAUUGAAGGAUAAAGUAUUAUGCUUAGAACUUAAAUUAUUUUAUGCUGAACAAAAACUUAUUGAACACGAUAAGCUCAAGAAUGAUAUGUUGUCUCUCGAAUCAAAAUUAUUUGAAACCAAUCACAAACUUAUUGACAACGAUAUUGUUAUCGAUGGUAUUCCGAACACCGACAAUGAAAAUAUUUUGGAAAUUGUCAUUAAUUUAACAAUUUUCUUGGAUGUGCCUCUAAACGAAUCAACAAUUAAUGAUUGCUAUCGAAUUAAAUCGAUACAUGAUAAUAACAAAACGGGAAAAAUAGUAGUGAAAUUUAUACGAAAAAUUGAUAAAAUUAAAAUAUUAAACGCUGUCAAAGAUAGAAAAAUGUUUUUCGCAAAAGAUAUUGGAUUUACUGAAAAUAAUGUUAUUUAUAUUCAAGAAAAUAUUUCUGCAGAUUUAAAUGUUUUAUUUAAAAAAAUACGAGAUUUCAAAAAGUCAUAUAAUUUUAGAUAUUCUUGGACUUCUAACGGACAUGUUUUUCUACGACAAAAUUCAACAUCAGAUGUUUUUCGAGUUUCUUCAGAAUCGGAUUUAAUAAAAAUGGAAAAGGAGUUCAAUAAACUUGGACCAUGAAUCAAUAUGCGAUUAAGGAUGAUAAAAACGAUAUUAUUUCAGCAAGUUUAAAUUAUAUCUUUAUCUUAUUAUAUAUUACGCCGAUAAUUUAGGUAUCAGGGAAGUUUAUGUUUAUUAUAUAUGUUAAAAAUAAUUCCUAAACAUACAUAAGGUUCCCAUUAAAUACAAUUUUAAAUGUUGGUCAAGUAGGUUGUUAAUUGUUUAAAUAAGUAGGUACAACUGUUUAAUAAAUAUUUUUAAAAAAUUUUAUAGAGGGUACCUUUCCUUUGCAUUAAGUUAAAGUUAA